UACAUAAUUAGUUAAUAACAAUAUAACGUAAACACACAUUAGACAAUUAGGGUUUACAUUUCACAAUAUCAUUCCUUUUCUUUGAGUUCUCCUUCUUCAUAGUUGCGACGGCUGCAUUUGUGCAGUUUCACAAAAUUCACUUUGGUCUACGGUUGACGGGUGACGGACUGACGGCUCUCCAAAUGAAUGUAGGAGAAUCAAUGGAGGAUGUUGCUGAACAUAGUGCACAUCACAAUAAUGUAGAGGUGAAUGAAUUUGAAGAACCUGAGAAGAAGAAAAUAAAGCAAUUAAAAUCAUAUGUUUGGACAUAUAUGAAAAAGAUUGGUAGAGGUGAUGAUGGAGUGGAAAGGGCAGAAUGCAGAGGAUGUAAGAAAGUAUACAAGGUUGGUUCUACUCCGGGACCAAAUGGUAAGAACUAUGGAACAUCACAUUUAAAACGACACAUACCUUAAUGCAAAAUGUUCAAAUACCAUGAUUUGGGUCAGAUGUAUAUGGAUCGUCAAGGUAACAUACAGUCGAGAAAAAUAGAUCAAAUGAUUUCACGUGAAAAGCUUGCUGAAGCUAUAAUUGAGCAUGAUUUGCCGUAUUCUUUUGUGGAAUAUAAAAAAAUUACAACGUGGUUAGAUUAUGUAAAUCCAGAAGUAAUAAUGCCAUCAAGAAACACUUCUAUUGUGGAUGUUCAAAAAGUGUAUUUCAAAGAGAAAGAAAAGUUAAGACAAGCCUUGGCCAAGAUUCCUAAUCGAGUUUGCUUAACUUCUGAUUGAGGGUUAUCUUUGUUUAACUGCUCAAUAAGUUGAUGAUAAUUGGAAGUUAGUUUCUAAAAUUUUGAACUUUUGUCGUAUGAUUCCUCGUCAUAUUGGAGUUGAGUUGGCUGCAACUAUAUAUGAUUGUUUGAAGAAAUGGGGCAUUGAUAGUAAGGUUUUCUCAAUCACUUUGGAUAAUGCCACUAAUAAUGAUAGCCUGCAAACUAUUUUAAAAGGACAUCUUGGCUUGCAAAAGAGCUUAUUAUGCAAUGGUGAAUUUUUUCAUGUGCGAACGCUCAUAUUCUUAAUUUGAUUGUCCAAGAAGCUUUAAAAGCAGCUACUGAUGCCUUGUUUAGAAUUAGAGAAAGUGUGAAGUAUGUAAAAGGAUCUGAUGGUAGAAUGAGAAAGUUUGAACAAUGUGUUAAGCAAGUAGGGAUUAGUACAAAAUUGGGUUUACGUUUGGAUGUGGCAACCAGAUGGAACUCAACGUACUUGAUGCUUGAGAGUGCACUACAAUAUGAAAAGGCUUUUUCUAGUUUACAGUUGAUCGACAGAAAUUACUGUGUUUGUCCUACAUUUGAUCAUUGGAGAAGGGAAGAAAAAAUAUUUGAAUUCUUGGAGCCUUUUUAUGAAAUAACUUCUCUGAUUUCUGGUUCAAGUUAGCCGACUUCCAACUUGUAUGUUAUGCAAGUUUGGAAAAUUGAAUGCUUGCUGAAGGAGAAUUUAAGUAGUUUUGAUAAAGUUAUUAAGGAAAUGGCCGCAAGAAUGUUCAAAAAGUUUCAGAAAUAUUGGAAUAGAUUUAGUCUAGUGUUGUCUUUUGGAGCUAGUCUUGAUCUUCGCUUCAAGACACAACUUUUAGAAUUUUGUUUUUCAAAGGUGGAUGCUUCUUUGGCAAAAGAAAAUGUUGCAACUAUUGAGAAAAAAAUGCACAAGCUCUAUGAACAAUAUGAAAAUAAUCAAAUUGGGACAGAGAUAGCAAGUACUGUUCAAUGUAAACCUAUUGAAGAAGGAAGACAAUCCAAACAAAAGAAGUUCACUUUAUUUGCUGAGUUUAAAGAGUUCGAGAGUACAUCUAUUUGCAAUGCUGGAAAGUCAGAAUUGACCCUUUAUUUGGAGGAACAAAAGCUUGAUUAUGAAUCUUUUCAAGAGAUGGAUGUUAUCAAGUAUUGGAAAGAUAAUGAAAAAAAGUAUCCUAAUCUUUCAGUGAUGGCACGUGAUGUAUUGAGUAUUCCAAUUACUUUAGUAGCAUCAGAAUCGGCAUUUAGUAUUGGUGGUCGUGUUGUUACCAAGUAUAGAAGUUGUAUCCAUCAUGAGAAUGUCCAAACUCUUGUUACUACAAGAAAUUGGUUGCAUGGAUUUACCCAAUCUAAUACCGAUGAAGAUGUGCUUCUUAAGGAACCUAUGUCAAAUGUUGAUUCAAAUGUGAUUGAUGGUACAAGUGCAAAUGUUGAUUCAAAUGUGAUUGAUGGUACAAGUGCAAGUGAAAGUGGAGUUGAUAAGCUUUAAUUGAUUGGUUUUGUAAUAGUUAAAAUUUAGAUUUAUUUUGUAAUUGGGCAAUAUGUUAGUCCAGGUAAGACUUGUAAGAUUUUGAAUUUAAUUUUUGUCCAUCUUUUGGUGGGUGGCAAUCUUUUGGAAUGAGAUGACUUUGAAUCUCUAA